AUGCUGCCAUGGGUGUUGCUGGCGUCGCUCAUGCUCCAAUUGGCAAUUGUUGCGGGCGCGCAGGCCGAGGCCGAAAAUGUUAGUACUGAGAGCAACGAGAUUAUACCCCGGGAGGCCAUACAGAAGCUGGACUAUUCGGUGCGACAAGCCCUGCUUCGUGCUAUUGAUAAGCUGGAGCGCGAGGAGGCCACCUACGCUGACACAACGACAGCGUCAAGCACAACACAGGCUUCGCCAGCUAAGGAGCGUGAGGAGAUUCUGGAGGAGAGCACCAAUGCAGCCGAUGCUGUGGUGCCUACAGUGCAAUUCUACACGGCCACCUUUGAUGAGCGCAAUGCGCACGAGCAGCUGCUCUCCUCGUUCAUUGAUCGCUCCAAGCUGUGGAAGAAGUCCGCGCUUCUGAAGUCCAGCGAGGACAGGGAAGGUGUUGCGGAUUCGACGCAAUUGACAAGCAGCGUGGACAGCAAUGAGAUUGGACACGAUGGCAGCGAUGAGAUCAAGUUCGAAAUACGCAAUGCCAAAAAGGAGGUGACCACCACGACAUCGACGACAACGACAACAACAACCACAACGCCGCAGCCACGCACCACACGGCGUCGUACUACGAGCACAACAACAACCACAACGACAACCACACCGCGACCCACGCAUAAUGAGGAUGGCGAGAACAUAGAGCUGGUGGAUAAGCAGGAUAUACGUAUACAGGAGGCACCCUUAGUCACCGCAUUCACAGUCGACUUGGAUGAGCGUGGCACAGCGCAAAAAUUUCGUCCUUUGCUACAGCAAACGCCCAGCUAUCAGCAACAGUUGCCACUAGCGCAGCCGCCUCCGCCUCCGACGCAGCCGCAUGUUGGACCCACCAUUACUAAGCUGAACGUGCUAGAAUCUGAGCUGGCCGCAGCGCCACCACUGUCAACACAAAGUCCUGCCACCACAACCCAAAUAAGCCCCAGUCUCAAUGUAUUCUCCACAACUCCCGCAUUUACCAGCAGCAGCAGCAACAGCGGCAGUCCCGCCAGCAGCUACAUUAAGGAGCCGCUGACCAGCCCCAUUCUAGCCGCAGCAGUGCCACCCAAUGUAAAUAGCUACAUUAUUGAACGCCAACGCGCCCUCGAGCAGCAAAUCUAUCAGUUAAAGCUGCAGGCUCAGCAGCAACAGGCGUUGAUCUUGCGCCAGCUGCAACUGCUUGAGGAGCAGAGCCAAAGUCGCUACCAGGGCACACCCAUUGCGCAACCAAGCACAUUACAGCCACAGCAGCAGCAACAACAACAGCAACAGCAACAGCAGCUGCAACAUGCAUCACUGGAGGCAAUACAAACGUUGCAGCCACCUUCGCCUGGUUACUCCAUCAGACCUUCGGUUGAAUUUAUACCUAGCACACAUACCAAGACCAUUAUCUAUCCGACAUAUCCAAUUGAGCAGCAAUUGCCGCUGCGCGAUGCCGUUGCGGCUCAUAAAUUUGCUCUGCACGGCAGCAGCAACAACAACAACAACUAUCAAAAAUUGCCAACAACAGCAACAACAACGAAUGCAGUGCAACAAAUUUUCCAAAAUUUGCAACAAAAUCUCAACAACAAUAAUAAUCAUUUACAGUUACAAGCUACAAAUCAGUUCAACUUUGCGCCCGCGGAGGCAUCGCUCUUGCAAGCCCUGCCCCAGAAUAAUUAUCAACAAUUUCAGCAACAAUUGCCACAGCAGCAUCAACAACAGUUGCUUUUACCCAGCUACGUUAGCAAUGCUUUGUACCAGCACCAGCAGCAACAGCAACAGCAACAGCAACAACAACAACAACAACAACAACAACAACAACAACAACAACAACAACAGCCACAUAGGGCGCGCCUUUAUCGCCAAGAAUCGGGCGUUGGCAAUUUUGGAUUGAACAAUAUCAAUGUUGAGAUACAGCCGAGCAGCUCAUUUGCUACCACAAUUGUUAGCCAGCAAAAUAAUCUGGACAAUCAAAAUUUCUAUCGACAACACUUGACGCCCGAGAUCAGCAAUCAAUUGCAGCAAAAUGCGCAACAAUAUCGCUUGCAGCAACAGCAGCUUUUGCAGCAGCAACAGUUGAAAACAGCAGCGGAUGCUGGCAAUAGCAAUAUCAAUGGGACGCCCAACGUAAGCUCAGCUCUCAACCAUGGCAUACCGCAAUUUGCAUCACAAAACCUGCACUACAAUGGCGCAUUCUGAGCCCCCAACAGCACAGCACCAGCCCCUCCUUCACUACCAACUACGUCCCAACUCCUGCACCUCAAACUUCUUAGCACCAGCUAGCACCUUUGAUAUCCCAGCCCAGAUGUCGACCACCACUCGAGUUAAUUAAGUCUCUUUCGCAACUACAUUGUAAAUACGCACUUUAAGGCAUAAGCAUACCACAUAAAGAUAAUAGCCUUAAACGCAACAAGGAUAACACACGAAGGAUGUGCGAGUACGAGACGAUUUAAUGUAGUGCUUGUA